CUCUUCUCAGCUCCUGAAUGAACCUGCAUUUCCUCUGCCCAGCUGGGGCUCUCGCUUCCUGUGUGCUCUGACUUCACUGCCGUCUUCCCGGGGCAUUUGAUGGGCUCAGGAAAUUACACCAGACGGAAGAUGGAGCGGCAAUCAAUUAAAAAAAAAAAUACGUUUCUAAGGAAAAUGAAUCUAGGCUUCGCAAAGAGUUAUUUGUAUACCAUAUGCCCUAAUGUCCACGGCACUGUAUAUCUAAUUUCUAGCUCUUUUCUCUCCCCUCCCCGUCUCAACAAGAAAGAAAUCGAUUUGUAAUCUUCCGCUUCCCAGCAUACUGACGAUCCAGAAGCAAAGACUGCCUUUACUUCUAACCUGUUCUUCAGAUACCACCCUCCCUCUUCUCCCGCCAGGCUCCGUUUCUCCGGGCUACUAGUUUAGUAUAUUCACUGUGCAUGACUCAUGAAGCUGCAGCCUGAUUGGACGAAAACCAAGCGGCACCCCCACCCCACCCCAACCGGUCAGUCAAUUACAUCUAUUCUCGGCUCCAUUCACAGAUUUAUUAGCUCUCACACAACGAGGGAAAUUCAUUCGGCAAAAUUCAUUCAUAAAAAUUUCAACAGCCUGCGUAUCAUCCGCUCAGCUCAGCGUUCUGCUGUGCACAGGCUCCUGAAGGAGACUGCAGGAGGGUCCGGGAGGGAAGGGAGCCCUGAGAAGGGGUGGGCCGGCCGGGAUCGGACCGGAGCUGCACCGAGGAUGCCCGGACCUCAAGCCGGAGGAACAAUGCGGACCAGCGCCCGUCGCUAGGACUCCUGGCUGGUGGCCCAGAACCAAGAUCCUCCGAGAGAGGGCAGCCGUCAUAACCCCAGCCCAUACAGAAGGGCCUUUGACUCUUAUGUGCUUUUUUAUUUUUUCCCUUUGAAAUGAGCAAUCACGGAAACAAAUAAAGGGUUAAUGGGCCAGUCGCUGCCCCGCCCCGUGGGAGCUGGAGGGAGCAGGUUUGAAAGUUCCUAUGCGCCGAGGGAAAGGGGAUAACUAUUUUUGCUAAGGCUAAAGACGUGGUAGCACCCGCUGCCCCAGCCUGGGGGACUCCGGGGUGAGGAACUCCCCCCUCCCCCCGCCCCGGGGCCUCUGCCAGGGCCGGGAAGGGACUGCCAUCAGAGCCGGGAGGCAUCUUCCUGGGCUGUCAUCAUUGAGCCGUCAGGGACCCGGGCGGGUGGCCUCCGGGGCAGAAGUGAAAGGUGGCUGUCCUGUGGGUCUACCGGACAGCGAAGCAGUUUAGGCUUCGGUGGCCCGUCUCAGCACUUCCAAGGCUAUGCGAGAACGCAGCCAGGACAGCCAGGCAGGACUCGCUCUGUAUGUAGGACUCUUUGCGCACCUGGGGAUGCUUCACAGGGCCAAGUACAGCCGCUUUCGGAACGAGUCCAUCACGUCUUUGGAUGAAGGGAGCCCCGGAGGCUCGGUUGGAAACAAGGGCUCGUCGCCGCCUCCCUACCCAGCCCUGGCCCCUCACCUGCCGGCUGAAGAUGCCGCUGUGCCCACCCAAGAGAGCCCCACUGCGCUGUGUACCUUGAUCCCCCGUAUGGCCAGCAUGAAGCUGGCCAACCCCGUCACUUUUCUGAGUCUGAAAGCCUUUUGCCUGGGUACCAAAGAGGUGCCCCGGCUGAAGCUCCAGGAGAGCCAGGAUCAAGCGCCAAGCACUCCAGCUUCCCCAGAAACCCGUCUAAACAGGACUGGGCCUGCUCCUACACCGCAUCCGGACCAGGUGGGACACAGGGCCACCCCCUUGCCUCCUGAUGCUUGUCCACUGCCUGGCCCUGGACAGCCAACCCCCAGAGGCAGGCAGGACAGGCACUCUGUGCAGCACCUGUUGGGGUCCGGUCUGAACUACUCUGUGAGGUACAUGGGCUGCAUUGAAGUGCUACAAUCAAUGAGGUCUCUGGAUUUCGGAAUGAGGACCCAAGUUACAAGGGAAGCAAUAAGCCGCCUGUGUGACGCUGUCCCUGGGGCCCACGGAGCCAUUAAAAAGCGAAAGGCUCCUGUUAAGGUCCUGUCAACGGUUCUUGGCAAAAGCAAUCUUCAGUUUUCAGGAAUGAAUAUAAAACUCACCGUUUCGACAUGCAGCCUCAUACUGAUGAAUCUUGACAACCAACAGAUUAUUGCAAAGCAUCAAAUGCAAUCGAUUUCAUUUGCCUCUGGAGGGGACCCUGAUACCACAGACUAUGUUGCCUAUGUAGCUAAAGAUCCAGUCAACCAACGAGCAUGCCACAUCCUGGAAUGUCACAGUGGAAUGGCCCAAGAUGUCAUAAGCACCAUAGGGCAGGCCUUUGAGCUCCGGUUCAAACAGUACUUGAAAAAUCCUUCCUUGAACACUUGGGAAAGCGAGGAGGUACACGUUGACAGCACAUCUGAAGACAGAGAUCAUGACUAUUACAACGCAAUUCCAGGGAAGCAGCCACCUGCAGGCGGCAUUUCAGAUGUGCGGAUCAAAGUUCAAGCUACAGAUCAAAUGGCUUACUGCCCUAUCCGGUGUGAAAAGUUGUGCUAUUUACCCGGGAACUCUAAAUGCAGCGGUGUGUACGAGAACUGUAUGGGACAGAGCGGGUCAAUAGGGAUCCCCCAUGAGGGCGGGGCGCACAGUGACACUGCAUCCGUGAAGAACUGUCGAGGGGAUCUCUUUGAUGACCCCUGCUAUGUCAACACACAGGCUCUUCAGAGAAGCCCUGGCUCUGCUGGACAUCAAAGCUCAACUCAGCCACAAGGGAGCCCGUGGCAUCACGGAAAGGCACCAGAAACUGUGCAGCCCGGAGCCACCGCCCAGCCUGUGAGCUCACACUCUCUGCCACACAUCAAGCAGCAGCUGUGGAAUGAGGAAUGCUUCCAUGGCAGGCUGAGCAGGUGGGCAGCCGAGAGGCUGCUGGUGAAGGACGGGGACUUCCUGGUUCGAGAGAGUAUAACAUCUCCUGGCCAGUAUGUGCUGAGCGGACUACAAGGUGGCCAGGCAAAGCACCUCCUCUUGGUGGAUCCCGAAGGCAAGGUGAGGACCAAGGACCAUGUGUUUGAUAAUGUUGGCCACCUUAUCAAAUACCAUAUGGAUAAUAGUUUGCCAAUCAUCUCUUCUGGAAGUGAAUUAAGCCUUAAACAGCCAGUAAGAAAAGGUAAUAAUACAGGACUUGGGCCUUCCAGGAAAUGACAGCUCCAGACACUGUGGCAGUGACGUCAGAAGAAUAUCCUUUUUGUGUCAGGGACAAGGACAACUCAAGCCUUUUCUCCAGAUGAAAUAGAACACAAAGUGUGAAACAUGUCUUUCUGAGACCACCACGGACUAUGUCUUUUAUAAAAGAGAGAACUAAUAAAAUGCCCUCUAAAUAUGAAGAUCAGAGAGGAAGACUUUCGAUCCCUUUGAGAAGGAGCUAUGCAAAUGCACGGAGGUCACUUUGUAAAGGCCACAUUGCAUUAAGAGCUAAGAGCACAACUACAGUUUCAUAUGCUAAGGACAACUCGAACUGCUCAGGCAGUGGUAUGUGCCUUGGACUUGAUAAUCUGGGGACAUUUUCAUAUGGGGGGAGGGUAGUUCCAAGUGUUUUCCUCUUCUAUAGCUACAGAACCAGUUGCCAAAACAGCUUUUCCUUGCUAAAAAAGCAGGAGGAAGCAAUUUGAUGAGCAGUGUUGACUUGAACCGCUUUCUCUUUAGUAGCACUGUUGCUGCCAUGUUAAAGACGACACUGACAUCAAAUUCAGACUGUGUCUAUGUCAUGCAAUGAAAGCGAAAGCCACUGAUGGUUUCAUCAUUCUGUCUCCUUUGUUGAUGAAAAGGUUGGGGCCCGAAUUCACUGGCCCGUGUUCCUCAAUCUUAGCUAUCUGCACUGUUCAUAUGCAGCAUGGGACAUGUUCAUGAGGCCAAAUCUCUUGCUUCCUUCUGAUUUUGAGUACAUAGCUAUAAAAGACGGUAAACAAAGCCAGUGUUCUUCAUGCUCAGUCCCCACUGGUUCCAUCCUUGCUGAGAGUACAGAAGGUAAUUCAAAGUAGAGGAAACUCUCCUUCUGAUUGGCUGCCUCCGAAUCCUAGUGUCACCUCUAGGUGUGUCCUGUCUCCCUCUCUACAUGUGAUCAGACCAAACGCAGAGUAAGAAGACACAUAGGUGAAGGGUUGGAAAGGCCCGCCACACCCAGCCCGAUGGUAAACUGGUGGUGAAAUUAAGAAUCCUCAGAGAAGCUCUAGGCUCAGACUAUUCAUCUCUGUGGUUCUUGGCAGGUUGCUAAACCUGUCUGGAUUCCUGUUUUCUUGUUUAUAAGAUGAGGGAGCUCAGAGGUGCAUUCCAAGGUCCGUUGGCACCCUAACAUAGUUUUUCCUUUGUUAGAAAUUAAUACUGAGAAGCAGCUUGUGUAGUGAAGGGGAAACAUUUAGGACUUCCCCUUACUCUGUGUCUAUACUCAACUGCUCAAGGGUUUAAACAAGUCAUCGCUCACAUAGCUCCACCCCAGGCGUUUCAGUGUAAAGCAGGUAAUGUUGAUAUAAGUGGAUCUGGUUGUUUUAGUAAUAGCAGAAAUACUCAGGCAGUUCUUACUUGCAUUUGCAUAUAAAGAAAUGGCCAUUACUAAAGGAGAGAUAGAGAGGGAGAGGGAGAGAGAGAGGAGGGAAGAGGGGGAGAGGGAGAGAUAUUAAUUCUGAAUUAAUUCUGAGUUCUCUGGAUAGUUAUCUCAAUACUACUUCAUUUUGGCUAAGUAGAUACAACUUAACCUUUGUGGUUUAUGAUAUAUUCGGUAAGUUUUGAGUACAAUAUGGACUAGUUCUUUUGGAUAGAAAUCAUCAGAAAUCAAAUACAUUGAAGUCUGACGUUUUUAUGUAACAGCUCACCAUUUUAUUUCUGCUACCAUUGGCUUCUUAUGUAGGUUUCCUUUCCACAGUUGGAAAAUAAUGUAUAUUUCAUUGAUUUCCCCCAUAUAUCUUAAGUCUUCAUAAUUUUUCUUCAUUAAAUGGAUCAGCGCAGUGAUAGGAACUUGUAGGCCACCUGCAUCAGAGACAGGGUAGGACUAUGGUCUCCUUCCAGCUGAUGCACAGAGACUGGGUAGCCAGGAGGUCCAGAUGCAGGGAGCUCUGAUAGUGUAAGCAGCACACAUGGGUAGUCAACACUGGAUCAAGUGGUGUUGUAGCUAGGGAAGCAAAUACUGCACUUUCAGAUACUAAAGACACUAAAGUUCACACACACCCAAAAGAUGCAAGAAAUGUCUGCAUGCUACUUUAAUCUCAUCUUCUCAACCUCUAUUUUAAAAUGGUGGUUCAUUUGCCUGUAAAUAUCUGUAAAUGACUUUUCUAAAAAAAAAAAUAAAUGAAUAUUGCUUUGUGACAAUAGA